GGAUUCGUGACUGUGUGCAGUGUGAAGCAUACAACCUGUAAGAUUCAACAAACCAGCAGAGCACAAUAAUCUCACAGGCGCCUUUCUAGAUCUCCUGAUAGCACUGGCUGCUUCAUUCUUGUGCCUGCUGUAGAAAUGGAGGGGACUGUAGAAGGCUGUCUGGGGUUUCUAUACGAUCUGCUGGUGGUAGUCUGUGUUGGGCUCCUGCUUCUGCAGGUUGUUGAGGGCCGGUCAGUGUGGUGGUUGGUGCUGCUUCUGGUUUCGGGAGUGACGUUGAGCUAUUUGGUCCAUUCAAGUGCUCUAAAAGUAGGUCUUGUGAGUGUGCUGUGCAGUGUCAUCCACUAUCUAGGGAGAGAAGGGGUCACGUUGCCUACCCAAAGCAAGGCGGUACUGAUCACAGGUUGUGAUUCGGGUUUUGGUCAUGAUCUGGCCAAGUGUUUAGACCGCGCAGGGAUGAGGGUGUUUGCAGGGGUUCUGGAUGAACUCAGUCCUGGAGCUCUGGAGCUUAAGAGAGCUGAAUCACCAAACCUCACCGUCCUACAGUUAGACAUCACCAACAGCAGCCAGAUCACACAGGCACGCCAGUACAUAAAGAGCCAAACAAGUGAAACAGGACUCUGGGCACUAGUGAACAACGCUGGAGUGCUGGGAUACAUGUGUGACGGAGAAAUUCUGCCAAUUAAAAUGUAUAAAAAAUGCUUAGAUGUGAAUUUUAUUGGUAAUGUGGAAAUGACACAAGUCUUUCUGCCUCUGAUACGCCAAUCGAAAGGACGACUCAUCAGUAUAGCCAGUAUGGCAGGAGAAGUUCCAUUUCCUGGAUUCGCAGGAUAUGGGGCGUCUAAAGCAGCGCUGAUCUCCUUCAGUGGAGCGAUGAGACAGGAACUCUCACGCUGGGGAGUCAAAGUCAUCAUCAUUCAACCUGGAGGUUUCAAAACAAAUAUUCUGGGCAGCAGAGAGCAGUGGAGUAGAGCUCAGGAGGAUGUCCUCAGCGGUUUGUCUCCAGAAGUGAUGGCGUCUUAUGGAGAAGAGUACAUCCGCUCAAUGCAGCAGCGGCUGCUCCACAUGUCCUCAGUAUCAAGCGCAGACACACGGCCCUUUCUGGAGGAUUUAAAGCAUGCAAUACUGUCCCCGAGACCAAAAGCCUUCUAUUACCCCGGGGCCUCGGCGUGGGCUCUUCCAUUGCUCUACAGACACUGUCCCACCUCUCUGUCAGACAGAAUCCUCUCACAAAUGUAUAUGAGCAGUGAUCCCCAACCUGCAGAAAUCAUGAAUUCUUGCGCUUGCUGAUGCACACAUUCAGGGUGAAUUGAGGUAAAGUGGGCUGUUUAAGUUUGAUUGUACUGUUCUCAAUGGGUUUGCACUUUCAGAGCAUAACAAUGGGUUUUAAAUAAAGGGACACUAUUUCUUUAAAUAAUACAGUUUUUUCAAUACUUCUAACAAUUUUCCUAAACUCUUAAUGCAUCAACACACAACUGACAAAACAGUUAAUUUCAUGCUCAAAAACACACAUUGCAAUAGUACACUAACACAAUAAACUACAUCUACCGAAACACUGCAAACAUGUCUCAACAUCAAAUUAUUAUUCCAAAACCCGAACACAUGUUCUCUUCUAACACUAACACAAACAUUUAGUCAAUCACAGCACAAUAUCAUAAAAACACUAACAUCAAGUGCAUUAUUUUAGGUGUCUGAUCUUAUACUGUAUAUUGCAUUGUUCAUAGGAUGUUUUUACACUACAGUUUCUUUUUGGGUUUUAGUAAAUGCAUGUAUUUUGUUUAUUUUGCUGCAGAAAUUCAAUGCAAAAAUUGAAUGACCCAUCUCAGUAGCUUUAUAGAAUGAACAGUUUAUGAAUGCAGGAAAACUAUGUACAAUAAAGCUGUCAUUUACAGUAUUACUGUAUGUGAAAAUACAAAAUAUACAAACAGGAAAAGCCACAGAAUAAAUAAAUAAAU